CCCUUCCUGCUGCGGGCCCUGCGCAUCGCCGUGGUGGUCUGCCUCUACUGGUUCACCUCCAUCGCCAUGGUCUUCCUCAACAAGUACCUGCUGGACAGCCCCUCGCUGCGCCUCGACGCCCCCCUCUUCGUCACCUUCUUCCAGUGCGCCCUGACGGCCGCCCUCUGCCUGGGCCUCAGCCUGGGGGCGGCCUGCGGACCCCCCUGCCCCGGCCUGCCUGCCCUCCGCCUCGACCCCAAGGUGUCCCGCAGCGUCCUGCCCCUCUCCGCCGUCUUCAUUGGCAUGGUCACCUCCAACAACCUCUGCCUCAAGCAUGUCGGCGUGGCCUUCUACAAUGUGGGGCGCUCCCUCACCACCGUCUUCAAUGUGCUGCUCUCCUACCUGCUCCUCAAGCAGACCACCUCCCUCUACGCCCUCCUGGCCUGCGGAGUCAUCAUAGGUGGCUUCUGGCUGGGUGUUGACCAGGAAGGAGCAGAGGGCACUCUGUCAUGGCCAGGUAUAGUCUUUGGGAUCUUAGCAAGCCUGUGUGUCUCGCUCAAUGCCAUCUACACGAAGAAGGUGCUGCCGGUGGUGGAUGGUAGCAUCUGGCGCCUGACCUUCUACAACAACGUCAAUGCUUGUGUCCUGUUCUUCCCUCUCAUGAUGCUGCUGGGCGAGUUCCGUACCCUCUACCACUUUGACAAGCUGGGAAGCCCCAGUUUUUGGGGCAUGAUGACCCUGGGGGGAGUGUUUGGCUUUGCCAUUGGGUAUGUGACCGGACUUCAGAUUAAGUUCACUAGCCCACUCACCCACAAUGUGUCUGGGACAGCCAAGGCCUGUGCCCAAACAGUGCUGGCUGUUAUCUACUUUGAGGAGACAAAGAGCCUCUUGUGGUGGACGAGUAACUUGAUGGUUCUGGGCGGCUCCUUCGCCUACACGUGGGUGAAAGGGCUGGAGAUGAGAAAGGUGCAAGAGGAUCCUAAUGUCAAAAGCAGCGAAAGAAACGAGACUGGUGUGUAGGCAGCUCCUGCACCUCCAUUUCUGUGCCCGGGGAGUUAACCUUCAGUGCUCCUUUCCUCCUGGGGAGAAGAAGAGCAAGGAGCAGGAAAGAAUUCACCUGCAAAGUAUAUGGGGAACUGUGUCAGGAACUAGAGCCAAAGACCUGACUGGAUCAUGUUUUAUCCACAGGAUCUCACCCUGUAUCAGAGUUGGGGAGAGCAUGUGUUGUAGAGAGCAAUCAGGUUUUUUUUGUGAUUGUUUUUUAAAAUGGAUGUUGAUAUUGACCUAAUCUGGGCAAUUUGCAUCUCUGGGGGGGUGGGCUCGUAGCAGACAAAGACCGGGAUGGGAGCUUUGUGUACUUGGGGAUCUACAGUUAACUGAAUGAGCGCAGUCUGAAGUUAUAAAAUCCUAAACCUCCAUGUAAGGAAGAAGCAGGUAGCCAGACUGUUGGGGAUAGACUGCAGUAAACUGU